CGGAUCAGCUCCUCACAAGGAAUCCAUCAUCUCAUCGCAUUUGAUCAGUACUCGAUGGUUAAUGCCCGUAUCUUAAUAAGGCGGCAAUUGAAUUACUCCUUCAUUACAGACAAUCAUGACGCGACGACAGCACGCUCCCGCCAUUAAUCAGCGAGCUGUCCUCCUCUCCCUAUAUAUACAGCCCGCCCCGGGAGCUAUGCGACGACGCAGCAGCAGCAGCAGCUAGCGCGCUAGAAACCAAAAACAAAGAGCAGCAAUGGCCACGCCCUCCGCCGUCGGCUGCUUCCUCGGCCUCGCCUUCCUCCUGCUCUGCGGCGCCGUCCGUGGCGGCGGCGGCGCGCCCGACGCGGAGGCCGCGCGGCAGCAGGCGGCGGACCGCGUGGGGCGGCUGCCGGGGCAGCCGGCCGUGAAGUUCGCGCAGUACGCCGGGUACGUGACCGUGGACGAGGCGCACGGCCGCGCGCUCUUCUACUGGUUCUUCGAGGCCACCGCCGGCGCCGCCAAGAAGCCGCUCGUGCUCUGGCUCAACGGAGGGCCGGGCUGUUCGUCCAUCGGGUAUGGAGAGGCAGAGGAGCUAGGGCCCUUCUUGGUCCAGAAGGGCAAGCCGGAGCUGAAAUGGAACCCCUACUCGUGGAACAAAGAGGCCAAUCUGAUGUUCUUGGAGUCCCCGGUGGGCGUCGGCUUCUCCUACACCAACACAAGCUCCGACCUGGGCAAGCUUGGUGACAAGAUCACCGCCGCUGACGCCUACGUCUUCCUGCUCAACUGGUUCAAGCGGUUCCCGCAGUACAAGCACCACGAGUUCUACAUCGCAGGCGAGAGCUACGCCGGGCAUUACGUUCCGCAGCUAUCGGAGAAGAUCUUCGACGGCAACAAGCACGGGCCCAAGGAGAACCGCAUCAACUUCAAGGGUCUCAUGGUAGGGAAUGCUCUGAUGGACGACGAGACGGACCAGGCGGGCAUGGUCCAGUACGCGUGGGACCACGCCGUGAUCUCCGACCGGGUGUACUCGGACGUCAAGGCCCACUGCGACUUCGCCAUGGACAACACCACCGCCGCGUGCGAGCAGGCGUUGGAGGACUACUUCGCCGUCUACCGCCUCAUCGACAUGUACAGCCUCUACACGCCCGUCUGCACCGACAGCUCCUCCUCCUCGCCGCUCGCCAAGAGGGUCGGCGUCCACGGCGCCGCCCCCAAGAUCUUCUCCAAAUACCAUGGGUGGUACAUGAGGCCUGCAGGUUACGAUCCCUGCACGACUCAAUACUCCGAGGUCUACUUCAACCGGCCGGACGUCCAGGCGGCGCUGCACGCCAACGUGACCAAGAUGGGCUACAACUGGACGCAUUGCAGCGACGUGAUCGGCAAGUGGAACGACGCCGUCCCCUCCACUCUCCCCAUCAUCCGCAAGCUCGUCGCCGGCGGCAUCAGGGUCUGGGUUUUCAGCGGUGACACUGAUGGGAGGAUCCCCGUGACGGCGACGAGGCUGACUCUGAACAAGCUCGGACUCAAGACCGUCCAGGAGUGGACGCCGUGGUACGACCGGCUGCAGGUGGGUGGGUGGACGAUCACCUACGAGGGCCUCACGUUCGUGACCAUCCGCGGAGCCGGGCACGAGGUCCCUAUGCACGCGCCGAGGCAGGCGCUCAGCCUCUUCACCCACUUUUUGGGUGAUAAGAAGAUGCCUCCCACGGCCUUCUCCUAGAGACGGAACACAUCACCUCACCAGGGGCUUCCUUUUCUUUGUUCUCGGCCAAUGCUAUACUAGAUGUAAUUCGAUUGGAACAAUCGUUAAUAAACAAGAAGUCAUAGUGCUGAUUGGUUUC